AUGUCGAAAAUCAUCUCGGACAAGAAGCCUCACUUUCGCUUGACAGGAAUGACGCUCAACGCCUGGGUCAAUGUGGGAUACGAUCAGGAGAAUAAACGAGUACUUCGAAAGAUAGACAUGUGGCUCAUGCCUGUUAUCCUUCUCGUGUACUUUUUUUCAGCAGCUGGGCAAGCAAGCGGGUUUUUACCCCAUGACUCCCUCUCCCUGAAACAGGUUCGUGACAUACAUUCUCAUAAGACUCGUUUAGCUUACCUUAAACUGCGUAGGACUGGUUGGAACCUGAUAUAUAGCUGGCUCAGCAGCAUUGUGUACUUAGCACAGCUGAUAUGGCAACCCGCCUCCUCGUACUUCUUGGUCAAACUGCCGAUUGCCAAAUAUCUUUUUGUUAACGUUUUCAUGUGGGGAGCGGUGGUCGCAUGUACUGCGGCGGCCCAUGAUUUCAAGGGCCUUCUCGCGGGCAGAUUUUUCCUGGGAAUAUUCGAAGCUACAGUUGCGCUUUGUUUCAUGACGAUAACGCAAAUGCGCCGACACAAGCAAACGAUGAGACUGUCCAGAGGAAUCGGAAUGGUCGGUUCUUUGCUUGCAUGGGGACUUGGUCGCAUCGGCAGAAAAUUGCAUGCAUAUCAGACCGCCGGCCCUGCAGAAAUGAAGAACUACACAGGCACUGUGAAAACGAACAUACGGGGUUUGCUUGGCGACAGUGCAUCUGUGCGGCCCCCCUGUCCCUCGUGCAAGGUUUUGCGGCCGCACAAGAACGUAACCACUGUCCCGAGCUCGAUGAACGAGAAUGAAGAGCCCCAUCAUGCGGUCGCAAACGGCACGCGCAUGAAUGAUUAA